AUGAUUCAUCUAACGGGACAAAAUUACUCCUCCAAGGAGAUAAUACAAAACAUAUUUUCACCGAUGGUGGGCGCCAUCGUGUCCCAGCAGGCGGAGGAACUGUGCCAGAAAAAUAAUCUUACGUUCGUGGAAAUGCUGCAACCAUUCCUGAGACUUUCUUCGGAUGCCCACUUUCGCGAUGUGGCCGGCACCAGCGUAUCGAUCAAGGGGCUACGCAUUAACGUGAUGGAUGUUAACUGGCGCCCCCCGCAGACGAUUCUGGCCAAAAAGAUGCUGAAUGAGGCCGUCACAACGGCCGGUGGUGAGAAGAUGAAAGCGAUCAAACUGGACGACGGGACGUUCGUGGAUAUACCGGCUGCCGAGCCGUGGUUUGAGCAGUGGCGUGAAACGUUCCUGACCGUUCAGUUCCCCGCGGAUCAUGAGUUUACGCGCCACUUGCUGUGCUCGCUGAUAGUCGUAUCGAGUAUCGAUCCGAAUCCAAUCGAAACGGCCAGCCAGUUGACGAAGAAGAUCCAGAUGAUGCAGAGCAUCACGCCUCCCCGGCUACCGAAAUGGUUCUCAACCGAUGCCCUGAACUGUUACGUGAUGCUUCAUGACGGAUGCUCGGGUGACAUCGGAAAGGCACAACAAGCAUUCGAAGGGCUAAAGUCUUGCUAUGGAGAGCACAAAUGUUUUCUGCUGAAAAUAAACUCUCACAAUGGACCUCCGGUUGACUGUCCCGAUCCGUGGUUGCGUUACUUGAAGAAACAUCAGCGCUCCGAUCAGGCGAGCAAUUCUAGUGACGCCGACAGUGCUCCGAAAACUCCGCAAGACAUGGGCUCCGUUACGGGCAUGCCCACAACCGUGGUGCAGUCGUCCAAUCUGCUGUCCCACGGUAGCGCUGGGAGCGGUGGAGGUAGCACCUCGGACACACCACCGUCGGGAUCCGUCGUAGGAGAGGUGAUUGCUCACCCGCUCAGUCCCGUACAGGAAACUGGCAUCGAGAUACAGGAGACUUCCAGUCUCACGUCAAGCAUCGAUAGUCUGUCACAGCAGACGAUCAACCCGAACGUGUGGCCUGCGGAGAGCGAAAUAGAGGUGACGCACGGAUCUUUUCUAACGUCGGAGGACUUGGACACGUUAAAGCACUUUGUGCAGGAUUUUGCCGUACGUGCGCUGAUUCCGUUUGUGGAGCGGUUGGUUGGCGUGCUUAAUGAUUCGAUUUCAAACAAGAAGGGAGUUAGCCGUUCACUGCUUAGUGCCACCAAGCGGUGGUUCGUGACGAACAAACCCGGUGUGAACACGAACCAGAAUGCGGUCGUCUACACGAACGAGUCGACCGAGCUGCAGACGCGCAAGCUGGGGGAUCUGUACUUUAUGUUUUGCCAUUAUUCGCUCGCCUUUCAAGCGUACCACCAGGCGAAGCGGGACUUUAACGCCGACUCGGCGUGGCAGUACUACGCGGGUGCUCUGGAGAUGGCUGCCUUAGCGGCGUACAUGCAGGGCACGGCCAAUCGCAAAACCUAUGACUACAUGGAGGAAGCCAUUCUCACGUAUCUGAACAGUUGUAAGUUGCCACAGUUUGCAACGCGGGCCACGCUCCUCUCGAUGGAGUGUCUGAAGGGUACGAAACUGUACAGUGAGGCGGCCAAGCAGCUGAUCCGCAUGACGAGUGAAGAUUCCGACCUACGAUCGGCGUUGCUGCUUGAACAAGCCUCGUACUGCUUUCUGCUGGCCACGCCGCCACAGUACCGCAAGUACGCUCUACACUGCGUACUCGCGGGCCAUCGGUUUUCGAAGGUUGGCCAGCGAAAGCACUCGUUCCGCACGUACAAACAAGCCUACCAGGUGUUUGAGAAUCGCGGCUGGAGCUUGGCCGAAGAUCACAUCCAGUACACGAUCGGUCGACAGGCUUCGAACCUGAAGAAGCUGGACGAAGCUAGCAACUGUUUGUCGCAUCUGCUGCGCCCUUCAAGCUUGCAGACGGCAGUUCAGCAAGCGCUAUUCCUGCGGGAAUAUUUGAGCACCAAAAAGGCCCUUCAGGCGAAGGGUGAGGGCGCUGGUGACAUUGCCACCAUCGAACUGCCCAAGAUUCUGCAAUCGUUGACGAAGGUGCUGGUCACUUCUCCGCCACCCGUUUCGAACCCACUACAACUAGCGGCCACCAACAUCAGCAUAACGUCACCACUCACGGAGGAGAACAUUUGGAACAAGAUGGAAGAGAUGCUGGUGCAGAGUGCUUCCGAGCGUCCGGUGAUGGUGUUCCGGCCAUCGAAAUCGCUCUUCUCACACGAAUCGCCGGCGACCGAGAAUCCGCGCUCGGUGCACGGUGAACCGAUCGAGGUUGCGUUCAGUCUGGAAAACACAAUCAAACCGUCGAUUCUGUUCGAACACGUAAACCUCCUGUGGGAGUUUCGCCGUGAGUCGGGCGAAAUUUUCUCCAACCGGCCCCUCUUCCUGGGUGACCUUUCGCUCGAUGAGCGCUCCGUAAUCGAGAACGUUGUGGCAACGAGUCUCGUGACGCUGGCGACGUUUGGAGAGCACGAAACGAAAACGCUGGUCCUGAAGAUUACACCACGGUGCACGGGUCAGCUGCGGAUACUGGGGAUCGUGGGAAAGAUUUCGGUCUCCUCACCGGCCGCCGGUGGAUCGGUGGGUGAUGCAUCCACCCUCUGGGGAAAGCAACUGUUCGAAACGCUUCCGAUACGCUCGACCGCAAAGGAUGCCGCCGCCAAAGCGGUACAGUUUGAUCGCAAACUCGAGAUAGAGAUACUUCCGCCGGCACCGGCACUGCACGUCAGUUUCAGCCGGGCCCCGACGGAAGUGCUGGCCGGUGAGGUAAUUCCGCUCAAGAUUAAUCUGACGAAUGCGGGCGUCAGCGUUCUGAAUGAUAUCUACGUUUGCAUUGACAAUCCACGGUACGUGCUGAUCAAUCCGAGCGAUGCUGAUAUACCGUUGUCGAUCCGGCGCGAUCUGUACAAUCUGGCGAACGAGAACGUUGGUCGCGAUCGGGAAGCACGCAAGCAGUACGUUUGCCGGGCGUUCCGCGAGGCAGACGGAAACUUUAUCCAGCCAAAUCAGACGAAAACGGCCACCCUGUGGCUGCAGGCUCCGUACUCCAAGGGGCAGAAAGAUGUGAAGCUGAUGAUCUACUACGCCAUGCCGCCGGACUACCCGAAGUUGAAGCACCGUCUGAUUCGUCACACGUGGAACUUUAACGUGAACGAUUCGCUGCUGGUGGAUGCCAACUGCAACAUAAGCAAUCCGGUGAAGCGUGAAAUCGGUAUCGACGUGAACGUCAAGAACCUAAACCAAGUCCACCAUCCGCUGAUGACGGAGAUUACUGUCAAUGAUCUGUUUCUCUUCUGUUCGAGUUACAAGCUACAUCAGGAGAAAAUUAUCUAUAUUAAAACUCCAGGCCACGCGAAGCUGCAGUCCGGUUGUGGGUUGAAAACAAAUGAAACACUCAGUUUGCGGUGCAAUCUUGAUCGGCGCCCGGAAGAGGUGUCGUACGGUGGGCAUUUUCAGCGUUACGUCAGUGAUAAACUUUCGUCCAUCUGUGUCCGAGCGGUGGACGAUGAAGCGAAAACGAUUCUGCCGUCCCUGGAGGCGGUGAGCAGUUUUCUGAUCAAGCACGAGACGAAGUAUAUUCGCGUGUACGAACCCGGUAGCAACGAGGAGUUUAACCAAAUUGUCAACCAAAACGAUCGUCACAUGACGCUGUGCGUGAAUUGGUCCGCGACGAUCAAUGACAACGGAGCGUCCCGCAAUGCCUACGGGCAGCACUUCGUGCAGCUGAGAAAACUUUACGAUUCAGUGUUCUGUCCACCUUCGGAACGCUUGCAGCAAAUCACGUUUGCUGGACAAUCGGAUGUGUACGGUAUUUUUGACGGCUUGGAAAAGGUGCUUCCGGCAGAAAAUGACGAUAUCGACAGUGGUUGGGGCGUUAAUAAUAGCUUUGUGGCACAGCGAUGUUUUCUGGAGGAAAACCUCCACUCAGUCGAACUGAAAGCAUAGGCGCAGGAUAUUUAUGACUUAUGCAAAAUUUUGUUUCUUGUACUAAAUUCCAGAGACCCAUGGUAGGGC